AUGAACCGGAAACGUUUUUACCGGAACCGCUAUCGUAGUCACCCUUUCCCGACGCUGUUGACCACCGCCACCGCUACAAUCGUCGCCGCCGUUAUCGCGUUGGCUGUACUGUCGCCGACGGUUUACAGCAGAGUUUACCCGCCGCCGCACAAGUUGUCGUCUUGGGCAACCGUCGUGCCUCGACAAACUGCUGAAGUAUCACGGCACUUCCGGUCGACAAAGACACACAUCAUCACAGCCACAGAGAGUGAAUAUAGCCAAUUCACGACCACGAGGCACCAUAGAAGACGGCACCAAGUCGCCAGACUAAUAGGUGAAACCGUUACAGUUGGUCAGGCAGGAAACAAUACGUCAAACCAUACCCGUUGCUACAAGAUAAAAUUCACCACGGCUAUACCGACUACCAAACGUUGGUCACCGAUACUAAAAACGUACCCCAAUUUUCCGGCGAUGAAUUCCACGGUGACCAAAGUUACCACGGCCAAAAACACCAAGGUAACCAAGAUAACCAAAGCUUCAUCGACAACUGAAGCUACUUCCGAACCUACUGAAGAAAUCCAAGAGACCGAAGAAGCUACAACUACUGAACAAACCAGCUCCAGCGAAGAAACUAUAUGUACAGAAGAAACUGCGCCUACAGAAGAAAAUUCCAGUUCCGAAGAAACGACCUGUGCAGAAGAAGAAACGACUACAAAGGUCGAAGAAACUACUCCAAAGAAAAACUCAAAAAAGACAACCGAUGAAUCGCCAAAAACCGAAAAAGCUAGUAAGACGACUGUAAUUUCUACGGAAAAAACGAGCAAAACUACCGGAAAACCUAGUAGGACGACUGGAAAAUUGACCAAGGCGACCAAAAAAGUUAUCAAGACAACCGAAGCAUACGAUGAGGUAGUGACGUGCUCCGAAGACCCCUCGUGUGACGAAGAGCCUUCGUGCCUCGACGAAGAAGUGAAGACGCCAAAACCGGCAAGGACGAAGCCUCCACCGGUUAAGAAAUCGACGCCAGUAAUAAAAACAAAAAAUCGGUCAAAGAUGAAACGAAUCGAUCGUAAGAGACAGUCACCGACAACCAUGAAUCAUCAGUCGUCGUCAUCAUCGCCGUCGCCUUCGUCGGCUACAAUCGCAUUAGACGAUUCGUUGAGGUCCGACGAUGGACUUAACUAUGAAUGGCGGUGA